GCAACGUUAUACCAUACCUGUGCGCGUGGUUAGUCGCUGACACGCCGUCGUCGGUCUUGGUCUGUCGCUUCGAUCGUUUUGUUUAGUGUGUUUAUCAGUGCGUUGUCUUGUGUGUGUGCGCGCGACGUUCUCAGUAAAAAAAUACCCCUUUGAAUGUGCGUCAUGUGAACUUCUUUGUAGUUUUCCCACCGACCAUGCCAUUGUUCAACCGGAAAACGGUGCAGAAACACACCAAGGAAUCGGCCGAGGUCCGGCAACAGCAGCAACACCGAGGCGAAGACGGCGAAAGGGUCAAACAGAACCUGGUGUUCCAUUGUCAACAGGCCCAGGGUAGUCCCACCGGGCUGGUGUCAGACUUCUCCAACGUCCGCGAGCUUUACCAGAGGGUGGCCGACUGCUAUGACUUCCCUUCGGAAGAGAUACUUUUUUGUACUUUGAACACACACAAAAUCGACAUGACCAAGCUUCUAGGCAGUCAAAUAGGUCUGGACGAUUUUAUAUUUGUACACCGAAAAGGUAGACCAAAAGAAAUCGAAAUAGCCAAGACCGAUGAAGCUCUUGGUUUGACCAUCACCGAUAACGGUUCUGGGUACUGUUUCAUUAAACGGAUCAAAGAAAAUAGUAUCAUCGACAAUAUAUCCUACAUAAGUGUAGGAGACCAUAUUGAAAAAAUUGACAAUGAACUGAUGGUCGGUAGAAGGCAUUAUGAAGUCGCCAAAUUACUAAAAGACAUUCCCAAAGGGACGGUGUUCACGUUGCGUUUGAUUGAACCGCUCAAAGCUGGAUUUUCAAAUAUCGAACCCAGAGGUUCUCGCAGAGGCAAAAAUUCGUAUGGCAAUGGUAAAGAAACGUUGCGAUUUAAAGCGGACGGCGCUGCGCAUAUACAAAAAGAGAACGACGAAUCGCGCAAGGGGAUCGAUAAGAUCAAUCAGUUGUUGGAAAAUUUGCUUGGAAUAAGUGACGUCGAACUUGCCACGCAAAUAUGGGAGACGGGCGAAGACAAGGUGAACAGUAUGGAUUUCGCCGAAGCCAUAGAUAACUCUGACUUGGAUGAGUUAGGAUUCACCGAUGACUUCAUCAUUGAACUUUGGGGUGUAAUCACAGACGCCAGGGCGGGACGUUUGAAAAACUGAACGACCGCCAUCUUCCGUUAUCUGUUUAUCUUGUCUCGUGUAUAAUAGUAAUAAUUUAAAUUAAUUUCAUAUUAAACUAUUUAUUAAGUACAUACAUACAAUUAUUUAUUAAUUUAGCUUUUGCGUUUAAUUACUCUUGCCAAUGCAGAACGAAAAUAAAAUUAUUUUUUUCCAUAAA